UAAGAUGAGUGAUUCCGAAAGUUUACGUGGAUACAAUUACUUGUUCGGUGAAGCUGAUGAAAUCACCAACAGAAUUGAGGAAAAUCGCAGGCAACAUGGUAGAAACAAUGAUACUCCAACGCUCGUAUCACCGGGGCAUUUGUCUGAAAACAUUUCUCCUAUGAUGAAUUAUUACCAGCCUCAAAGCCAAUCUACCAUGUCUAUAUCUUUUAAUCCCAAUCCAACGGACAAUCAUCAGUUUCAAAAUCAACCUACCAUCCGAAGAACAUUCUGCUUGAGAUGUUUCUUGUCGAUGCUAAUAUCCUGGCUGAUGAGUUUUUUUGUACCAACAAAUAGUCCGAGACCAAUACGCAGGCCUUUGCCCUCUAACACGCCUUCUCCUUCUACCUCAGAACGUUCUGGGGAUCGACCUAACCAAGAUUCACUCGACGAAAUAAUCCAACGGAGUGUAGUGCCUGAAAGAGUAUUAAAUUUUGGUAUAGGAUUAACGAAGAGACAAAUUUCUCAAUUGCCAAUCAUCAAGUUUCAACCUUCUAUAGAAGAUGAAAAGUGUUUGAUAUGCCAGUCAGAUUAUGUUCGUGGAGAGAGAAUGAUAAUUUUACCAUGUACUCACAAGUACCACGAAGAAUGCAUUCGUACCUGGCUCAGAAACAGCAAGCUUUGCUGCGUUUGCCAAAAGGAAGUGGUUGUAUCAAACUAG